CGUGUUGGGCAGCGCCCCCUGCCCCGCCUUCAGCCUCUGAUUUGGGAAGCCACGCGCCGCAGUCUAAAGAGUGAAGGGCGCCGGUUCGGGAGCGUCAGUAUUUCGUCUCCCUUCCUUGCCGGGGUAGUAGGGUCGCCUAGGAGACAGGCCGGGGUCGCGCGAACGGAGCCUGCCCAUGGCAGCGCCGCAGGGUGGGGUGAUGGGCCCGCUGGUAGGGGCCAUCGACCAAGGGACCAGCUCCACGCGCUUCCUGGUCUUUAAUGCAAGUACAGCUGAAUUGCUGAGUCACCACCAAGUAGAAAUCCAACAGAAAUUUCCCAAGGAAGGCUGGGUAGAACAAGAUCCAAAGGAAAUACUACGCUCUGUCUAUGAAUGUGUGGAAAGAACAUGUGAGAAACUAAAACAGCUGAAUGUGGACAUUGCCAAUAUAAAAGCUGUUGGGGUCAGCAAUCAGAGGGAGACAACUGUGGUUUGGGACAAACUAACUGGAGAGCCUCUUUAUAAUGCUAUUGUGUGGCUUGACCUAAGAACCCAGUCUACUGUUGAGAGGCUGCUUAAAAAAAUUCCAGGACAGAAUAAAUCCUUUUUUAAGACUAAGACUGGCCUCCCACUUAGUACAUAUUUCAGUGCGGUGAAACUUUGCUGGCUUCUGGACAAUGUGAAGGAGGUCAGAGAAGCGGUUCAGGAGCAACGAGCUCUGUUUGGUACCAUUGAUUCAUGGCUGAUAUGGCUGAAUACUGUCCCUAGUGCAGUACCUAUGGGCACCACAACAUCGUCAGACACCAUCUUGAGUUUGACAGGUGGAAAAAAUGGAGGUAUUCAUUGCACUGAUGUAACCAAUGCUAGCAGAACAAUGCUGUUUAACAUUCAUUCGUUAGAAUGGGAUACUGAACUCUGCAAAUUUUUUGGAGUUCCCAUGGAAAUUCUUCCCAAAGUGCGGAGUUCCUCGGAGAUCUAUGGAUUGAUGAGUUCUGGAGCCUUGAGCGGUGUACCAAUUUCUGGGUGCUUAGGUGACCAGUCUGCUGCUUUAGUGGGACAAAUGUGUUUCAAGGAUGGUCAAGCAAAAAAUACGUAUGGAACAGGCUGCUUCUUACUCUGCAAUACAGGUCAAAAGCCUGCACUUUCUGAGCAUGGCCUUCUGACAACAGUGGCUUACAAACUGGGCAGAGACAAACCUGUGUAUUAUGCAUUAGAAGGCUCUGUUGCCAUAGCUGGUGCUGUUGUCCGUUGGCUGAGAGACAACCUUGGUAUUGCAAAGUCUUCAAAUGAAGUUGAGAAACUUGCUGCUGAAGUGGGCACUUCUUAUGGCUGCUACUUUGUCCCAGCAUUCUCAGGAUUAUAUGCACCGUACUGGGAACCCAGUGCAAGAGGAAUUAUCUGUGGCCUGACUCAGUUUACAAAUAAAAACCACAUUGCCUUUGCUGCACUAGAAGCUGUGUGCUUUCAAACGCGAGAGAUAUUGGAUGCAAUGAAUAAGGAUUGUGGGAUACCAUUAAGCCAGUUACAAGUUGAUGGAGGAAUGACCAACAAUAAGAUCCUUAUGCAGCUUCAAGCUGACAUUCUGUGUAUUCCAGUAGUAAAGCCAUCCAUGCCUGAAACCACAGCACUGGGAGCAGCUAUGGCAGCAGGAGCUGCAGAAGGAAUAGGAGUCUGGAGUCUGAAUCCUGAUGACUCUACAGCAGUGACAUGUGAACGUUUUGAGCCACAGAUCAAUCCUGAGGAAAGUGAGUAUCGCUAUACCAGGUGGAAGAAAGCUGUUCAAAAGUCAAUGGACUGGGAAACAACAGAACCACAAGUAGAUGGUGAAACUAGUAUCUUCUGUAGUCUGCCUUUGGGCUUUUUUAUAAUGAGUAGCCUGUUAAUGUUAAUCGGAGCAAAGUACAUCUCAGGUAAUUGCAAAUGAGGUUCCUUAAUGGAUUUCCAGGAGACUACAGCAUCUGAAGAGAAUCUGGUGCUCUCUACCAAUAUUACGGCAUUGUUUUGACUCAGUUUAUUGUCAAAAUAACUUGUGAAAAUUUAGGAAAGGACUUAAAUGUGGAAUAAGGAACACACACAAUAUUGCUCCCACCUGUUCCCUACUUAAAUGGAAAGUGGGAUAUAAACCUUUUGUUAGCUUCCUAUCUGUCACCAUCUGUUUCAUGUAUUUUGACAUGGAAAAUUGCCAUAAAGAAAGGGGUUAUGUUAUUUGUAAACUUUAUGGUUCAAGAACUUAGCACUGUAUAUACAUCUGUAAAGUCAUAGUGGCUUUUCCCAGUUCCUAGAAAAUUGUCUAUAAUGAUGUCUGCCAAAGUAAUUUCUCUAGUGAUCAAUGGAGAAACAACUGUUUUUAUCAUGAUCAGUUCAUCUCUUCCAAUACUUAAGUCUUUGAUUGUGCUUUUUUCUUAAACAAAAACCUGAUUGACUGAUUUAUUAUCUUAUGUUCAUGUGAAUUGUUCAUCAGUACUGAGAACCCUAAAUCCUGCAAGCAUCAUAAGUUAUUAAAAAGGUUAUGUGUUUUUUUCAAAUGUAAAAAAUAGGCUUUCAUGUACAUUGGCAAGCCAGAGACCUUGGCAGCAAAGAAGCUCCACAUGUGAAGUACUUUAAUAUAAAAUUAGUGUUUAACAGGCAACAGUAGAAAUGGGAAGCUAAGAUGUAAGGAUAGUUUUAGAUACACUUGUCAUGUUUUCUUUUGGUGGGUACAACUUCCCAUUGUCAGGUUGUGUUAGAGCUGGUGGUGGAAUGGGAUUUUUUGCGCUACUUCAUUUGGUGUAAAGGUCAGAAGCAAAAGCUGCCUCUUAGCAUGGCAGCAUUCUGGGCAGUGGCAUUGUGUUUUUUGGGUGCAAGUACCAGUUUUUAGGAAUCAAAACAAAAACACUAGUUGCUAACCAAAAACUUUACUACUAAGUUGAAUCUUUUUCAAAUGAUACCAUCUAAAAUCAUUGGAGGGAAUUGUUUGGGAGAGGGAUUUCUUAACAGAAACAUUACUACAAACCUGUCUGUCAGCUCACAGGCUGAUUCCCUUUCCCUUUUUUUUUUUGCCUUCACUACCACCACCCAUUUACGAAACUUGGAAUGCUCCAAUAGAAUAGAGAAACAGAGUGGGAAAUGGAAUGAGGGAAGCAAGCAAAUACAAAUAUCCCUUUGAAUGUAGCAGGGUAUCAUCAGAAGCCCCCCAGGUCUUCCAAAACAUGUCCUCCACAUUGUCUUUUUCUCUAACUGCCAAUUCUAUUUGUAUCUGGAAGGGUUUUGCUUUCCACACCAAUAAAAUUAGUUGGACAUGAGAAUUUGUUGGAUCCAGUCUGCCUUGUUCUUGGAGAUGCCUCAGAUUGCUGGACUGUACCCAGAAAAUGGCUGCAGAAAAUAGCUGCCAUGUGGAUAAAUGAUAUAGCUUACUUCCUACCAUAAAAUCUAACAUGAAAUGUUAUUUUUGGUAAAUAAAGAGACUGUGGUGUUAUCGUAACAUGAAAUUGCCUGAUUUGAAAGUUCAAUGUGGGAACAUUCUGAAUGACAGCAGUAUUUCUAAGUAUGUGCAACUUAGGAGGCUAAAGGAAAUGUGCAUGCUCAAAAUGUUUCCAUGUCUGUUUUGUGAGACAUUGCCUCCACUCUUUCAGAAUAUGUGUAUACCAUCACUUAGGAAAUAUUAAACAUGGAAAAUGCAAAGGAUAUUUGGUCUUUACAGGAUGCUUAAUAUAAAUAUCUUUUCAUUAAGUGCAAUGGAAGUCUAAAACGGUCUCUGAAACUGCUGCACACUGCGUUUUGUCUAGAAUACUCUUGACAAGUACACAGCAUUGUCACUUAAAUGUAGCUUAGGUUUUAAAUGUUUCAGCAUGUCGAUAAAUGUAAUGAUGAAAGCAAUUUGGAAUCUUGGUUUAUGUCAAGACUCAUCUGUACAUAUGAACUUGAGAGUAGGAUUUGUGAAACUCCAAAAGUUAACUUGCACAGACACAAUGUAGUUUGGCCCAUAUUUGGCAAGCCAAGGUUUUUCCCUGCUUGCACAAGCCUUGUGCAAUUACAAUGUGUUGUGUUUUUUCCAUGGGCUUGGCUUUCAGAGGAAAGUGGGAAGGGAGAGGGUCCAGUCUUUGGGAAGCUGGAUAAACUGCAUUUGUACUGGGAAGCCCACGGAAUGGACACAGACAUGGAAUGGUAAGUGUGCCAUAAUACUGCGUUUCAGAGAUACAGGUUAAGUGCCAAAUACUAACCCUUUUUUCCAAAUAAACGAUGAAACAGCAAACCAUAAAUGAACUUGGAAAUCACUUAUUUCUUGAGCUGCCUUCAUGUGUGUUCUAUUGCUGCUUUGUUCAACGUACUGUCAUGGGCAGCGUCAACUACAGUUUCUGGGAGUGUAUAGGACAUUAAAUUAUUUUUGUGAGAUUGUAAUUACAGUUGCAAUUUUGUAAAAUAUACUUCAUUUUUUUCUACAAAACAAUUAAAUUAACUGUGGAAAUCCUGUUCACUUUGCAAAUACAAACGUGGGUUUUUUUUCUAUAUAUUGUGACAUCUUCAAGUUCUGCAAUGGACACAUAGAAAGUAUGUAACAGCAACACUGGCUGGUUUUGCACUGCUGGGAAUAAAUGUGACUAAAAUGACCUAGAUCUUGUUUGCAAUUAUGUUUGCAAUGGAAGCCCUGAAUAAAAUUAAAAUGAAAUCUG